AUGCGGUGGAUCGGUUACGUGGCCACGAUUCUCUGGUGGUCGGGCAUCGCCAGGUCUCUCAGCACGCUGAAUCGAGGUCACAGUUACAAAAUCACUCCGAAACCCUGCAAAGUGCCCGGUUCGGAGAGCAAGGAAGGCACGUGCAUGUUCGUGUGGGAGUGCAUCAAGUCCGAGGGGACGCACGUGGGUGUAUGCGUGGACACCUUCAUGUUCGGCAGUUGCUGCGUUCACAACACGACGGUGAACACGAUAGGCGCGUCUCAUCGUCCUCAUCACCAGCAGCAGCAGCAGCAACACGGCGGUACGACGAGUACACUCAGGCCAGGUUUACCCCUGGCGGAGUCAACCGCGAACGAGACCAUCAGACUGACGUCGACUUCCCUGCUGGGCUACCCCUCGACAGCGUCGAGCACCGCGAAGCCGAAUCUCCAUCAUUCCUCGGGAUCCCACGGCUCCGGCGGAGGCUCGACCAGACCGAUGAAACCGUAUUCGCACGGUGUCGGCAGGCCCUUGCACAAGAGGCCGCACGCCAAGCCGUCGUCCGAGCACGACGUCGGCGUACUGAAGACCCCCGCGGUGUCCUCCGCGUCUACUAGCACGUGGACGGAGGGUAGGCCGCAGGGAACAAAGAGACCGGGUCAUCACGCGGGUCAUUCUCACCACAAGACCAGACCGGCCGACGAAACGCCGGACCGCGACAAACCGUCGCCCGUUCUGAGCCAACCGGGUUUCAAGGACAAGCUGGAUACGCAUAACACUUUAAUAGUGCGCUUGCCGGGGAAGGAGCACGCCGACGAUGAGGUCGUUGGUUCGAGUGGCCUGAGCAAACCGAACAAGCAGGGCAAACCGGGUAAACCGGGCAAUCAAAGGCCCUUUGAGUCGCGGCCGGAUGACGGGAAGACCGAAGACGUCGAUCUCAGCGUGCAGGAGACGAUAAAUCGACCGAAUGUCAAUUCCGUCAUUGAAAGCGAAACGGGGAAAGAGCCGCAUCCAGGUUUGAAUUUCGUGCACACCGAACGGCCGCACUGGGCAACCAAGCCAGCGCAGACGAAGCCAUCGUCGACGGACUUCUCCAAGCCGUAUUUCUCAAUCAAAACAACCACUUACCGACCAGUGAGCAGUCAUCCGGAUCAUAGGCCGAAUUUUAUCUCGAGGCCCAACUGGGUACUGUCCACGAAGACGUCGACGACAACGACUGUCAGGCCGACGUACGCCAGGCAGCCCUCUACCAGCGCAGCCGGAUCCGUGCCACAAACCUCUCACUGGCAAGUGACCACGGAACCGGCGUUCGUCACAAAACAUAAGCCGUCGUCGCUGUCCUCGGCGGCGUCCUCAUUCUCGUCGUCCUUGCCAACAUCGUACUCCCCGCUCUCGUCGUCGUCGUCGUUGUCGUCGUCGUUGUCAUCGUCCUCGUCAUCCAAACCGAUAACCGCGAAUACCGUGCCGGAGACGGUCCGAAUUCCGUCUUUAGGCACGAGUUCCCAUUUCUGGUCGAACAGCUGGACACCACCUAGACCGUCGUUGAAACCACACUGGACCGACAGUCCCAGUCUUCUUCAGAAUGGCCCGGAAAGCUUUCCGCCGCGACCGAGCCUAAAGCCGACCGAGUCACAACAGAGCACCGAGUAUCAAAAGCCUUUGGGCUCGGCGCACUACAUAACGACGUCCCACUUGGAGACUUCAACUAGGCCGCGGCCCACGAAGAAAACCACAAUACAAAGCACGACGCCGUCCACACUGGCGUUCUCCGCCAGCGGUACAACCAGUCCGACGACCGCGACGGUAACGAUGACGACCGCGAGCAGCACGACCGGCGCGAGUAGCAUGAGUGCCACGAGCAGCGUCACCACGACGCAUGGAUCGUCGACCACCACCGAGGUGGCGGCGAGCGAGAAGGCGACGGGCUCGGUGAUGACGGUCGCGGCCGCCGACGAGAGCAAGAACAUGCAGUGCGGCGUGCCGCCGCUGUUCCCGCGGCCGGAAACGAGGAUCGUCGGCGGCAAGGACGCGUCGUUCGGCCGAUGGCCCUGGCAGGUGUCCGUCCGCAGAACCUCCUUCUUCGGCUUCUCGAGUACCCACCGUUGCGGCGGCGCGGUGCUCAACGAGAAUUGGAUCGCCACCGCGGGCCACUGCGUCGACGAUUUGCUGACGUCGCAAAUCCGGAUACGAGUCGGCGAGUACGACUUCUCGUCGGUACAGGAGCGGCUGCCCUACGUGGAGCGCGGCGUCGCCAAGAAGGUCGUACAUCCCAAGUACAACUUCUUCACGUACGAGUACGAUCUCGCGCUGGUGCGCCUCGAGAGUUCCCUCACGUUCGCCGCGCACAUCUCGCCCAUCUGCCUGCCGGCCACGGACGACCUCCUGAUCGGGGAGAACGCGACGGUAACCGGCUGGGGAAGACUGAGCGAGGGUGGAACGCUGCCCUCGGUGUUGCAGGAAGUCUCCGUGCCGAUAGUGAGUAACGACAGGUGCAAGUCGAUGUUCUUGCGGGCCGGCAGACACGAGUUUAUACCGGAUAUUUUUCUCUGUGCCGGUUACGAAACCGGCGGGCAGGAUUCGUGUCAGGGCGACUCCGGAGGGCCUCUGCAGGUACGCGGAAAGGACGGCAGGUACUUCCUCGCUGGUAUCAUAUCCUGGGGCAUCGGCUGCGCGGAGGCCAACCUACCGGGCGUCUGCACGCGGAUAUCCAAGUUCGUACCAUGGAUUCUGAAGAAUGUCACCUGAUUCACUGGACGAUGAAACGCGAAGGGGACGGCACAAGUCAAUUCAUCGCGCAAAUGAGCGAUUCACGGUGUCGUCUCGUGCGAUAUCAAAAGACAUUAUCCUAGAUUUUUUUCACGCGAAUGAAAAUACGCCUUCUAUAUCGUUUGCAUUUAUUUAUUUGCAUUUACACUGCCACUCACGGAAUAAAGAUCCUGGUUGCUAUAUGUAUGAAAAAAAAAAACUAUAAUACAUCGCGCAAGAAGAGGUGAAAUAAGAUCCAGCCGGGACUUAUUGAAUAUAUAUACUGACGUAUGUGAAAUUUCGUGCGUUGUAGCAGCAUACUGAACUGUAUUUAUACAUAAAAGUAAGUAAGGAAAUAAUAUAUUUGCUUAAGAUUAAGGCUAAAUAAACGAGGGAAGUCUGAAUUAUGUAAUAAAAAGAUCAAAGGAGUAGCCCGAUAGAUUUCAAAGAUACAUCGUUAUCAUUCUUGCCACUUUGCUCCGAGUAUGAGAUACGAUACAUACACACACACACACAUACACAUAUAUGCUGAAAAGAAAUUAAGGAUGAAUCGUAAAUAACAUAAACGCUGCCCACCUUGAUGUUGCAAAACCUGUUUUAAAGCCAGACACUGUCAAUCCUGUAACUUACAGUUAAACAAAUUCAAUCCGAGCUGAAGAAAACCAGUGAAAAGUGUGAAUUUUCAUAAUUAUCACGAUUUUAAUUCUCAUAGUUUUCGCAACGUUUCGCACGAUAAGUAUCUGCUUUUAUUAAUUAGCAAGAUGUAUAGAAAGUUUACCCUUUUCGCUCUGCGGCGUGAGAUAGCUUGAAAUAU